CCCUCCUCGCGAGUCCGCAGCGCUGUUUCACCUACAUCGACUGUCGGGACCCCAUCGUCGCCUUCUGCCCUUCACCCGCCCCACUCAAGCUCCCGCCACCGGCCCCUGCGCAACAUGCAGCCCACGGGCCUCGAGAGUCCCCACGCGCACGGCCGGUGGCCUCUGCUGCUCCUGCUCCUGCUCCUGCUGCUGCUGCCGCUGCCCAUAACCUGCACCUGGACCACGCCGGGGACACCCAGCGCCCUCACCGUGCCAGGCACCCCGAGCACCCCAACCACACCAGGAGACCCCAGCGCGGUGGGCCUGGAGGGGCGCGUGCGGGCCCUGAUGCGGAACUUCCCGCUCGUGGACGGCCACAACGACCUGCCCCUGCUCCUGCAACAGCUUUUCCAGAACAGGCUACAGGAUGUUAACCUGCGCAAUUUCAGCCAAGGCCAAACCAACCUAGACAGGCUUAGAGAUGGCUUCGUGGGCGCUCAGUUCUGGUCGGCCCACGUCCCAUGCCACACUCAGGACCAGGACGCCGUGCGCCUCACCCUGGAGCAGAUUGACCUCAUUCGCCGCAUGUGUGCCUCAUACCCUGAACUGGAGCUUGUGACCUCGGCUGAAGGUCUGAACAGCACUCAAAAGCUGGCCUGCCUCAUUGGUGUGGCAGGGGGUCACUCACUGGACAGCAGCCUCUCUGUGCUACGCAGUUUCUACCUGCUGGGAGUGCGCUAUCUGGCGCUCACCUUCACCUGCAGCACACCCUGGGCAGAGAGUUCCAGCAAGUUCAGACACCACUUCUAUGCCAACGUCAGUGGGUUGACAAGCUUUGGUGAGAAAGUGGUGGGGGAAAUGAAUCGCCUGGGCAUGAUGAUAGACUUGUCCUAUGCAUCAGACACCUUGGUGAGGCGGGCCCUCGAGGUGUCGCGGGCUCCUGUGAUCUUCUCCCACUCAGCUGCCAGAGCCGUGUGCGACAACUUGCUGAAUGUUCCUGAUGACAUCCUGCAGCUUCUGAAGAAGAAUGGUGGCAUCGUGAUGGUGACACUGUCCGUGGGGGUGCUGCAGUGCAACCUAUUUGCUAAUGUGUCCACCGUGGCAGAUCACUUUGACCACAUCAGGGCAGUCAUUGGAUCUGAGUUCAUCGGAAUUGGUGGAAAUUAUGAUGGGUCUGGCCGGUUCCCUCAGGGGCUGGAGGAUGUGUCCACAUACCCCGUACUGAUAGAGGAGUUGCUGAGUCGUGGCUGGAGUGAGGAAGAGCUUCAAGGUGUCCUUCGAGGAAACCUGCUGCGGGUCUUCAGACAAGUGGAAUGGGUGAGAGAGGAAAACAGUGGGCAGAAGCCUGUGGAGGGUGAGUUUCCAGACAGGCAUCUGAGGAAGUCCUGCCACUCCCACCUCCUGCCUCAGCCUCAGAAGGGACACCUGGACGUGACCAAGUGGCCAACCAGUCAGGUCCUCCAGACACCCUCAAAAGCCUCCCCACACCUUGGUCCAGGCUUCGUGGCUACUGCCACCCUCCAAGUUGUCAUCCUGUGUCUCUGGUGACCUGGCCAGUUUCCCCAGGGGUCACUGUGGAGGAGUCUCACAAAGUCCCCCUCUUAGUCAUCCAGGCA